AGGGAAGGGGAGAGAAGAGAAGAGAAGGCGAGGCGCUGAUAGUGAUAGGAUAGAUAGAUAUAAUCAACAAAACAAUAAUCAUCAACAGAACCAUACGAAUGAUGAAUAAAUAUGCGUAUGGAUGUAUUCUGAUUUCUGACCGUCUCAUCGUUAGGGUUCUUCCCAUUCGAAGCAAGAAAGACAGGUCCGUGUAUAUGUAUUGGUCGUCGGAGCACUGUUGAACUUGAAACCCUACUGGUAUUAUGCAAUUAAUGCACAUGCGAAGCAUAAUUGAUGUGAAGUGGAACUUGUAAGCGAUCUAAUUGGCAUAUUAUUGGUUUUCUUUCGCUGCUGUGCUCAGAAUUUUGAUCCUUGAAGAGUAUCAGCAUGGCGUCUUUCCAUGGUAAUAUGCAGCCUGAACCGGCCAAAAUGGAACAAAUAAUCACUGAAUUCUUUGCAAAAAGUCUUCAUAUAAUACUCGAAUCAAGGUGUCCGUAUGUGUCAUCUCGUAAUUAUAGCGGUGAACAAAUGAUAUCAUCCCCAUCUUCGUCUUCAUCCUCAUCUUCCAGUAUUAGACCAAGGGAUAAAUGGUUUAAUUUAGCACUAACGGAUUGCUCCGCAGCUCUAGAGAAUAUAGAUUUGUGGCGUCAAAGUAAUCUUGAACCUGUGGUGAUCGAUGUGAUUUUAGUGCAAAGGCCAACUGAUUUGGAGCCACUGAACUGUUCUCCAAGAAGGGGCCUCGUCAGGAACUUUUCAGCAAAAGAGCAAUCACUGAAUUUUUGGAAUUCAGAGCAUGAUAACUUCGGGUGUCCGGCUAAGACAGAGAAGAUCCUAGAGAGAUGGGUAGUGCAGUACGAGAGUCGAAAGACUGGUAGGAGUACUACUUCCGGAAGCAAGAGGUCAAGUGGUUCUAGUUGGCAAACCUCGUAUAAGAAAUCAAUAUUGCUUUUAAGGUCAUUAUAUGCGAUGGUUAGACUUUUGCCUGCAUAUAAACUCUUUCGCGACCUUAAUUCAUCUGGAAAACUUCUGACAUUUAACCUUGCUCAUCGGGUUUCCUCUUUUGUUGAGCCAUUCACCCGUCGAGAAGAGUCAGAGAUGCAGCAAUUUGUGUUCACACCAGUAGACACUUUCUGUGGUAGGCUUUGCCUCUCAGUCCUGUAUCAUUCAUCACUUAUGGAUGUGAGUUCUGAGCCAUCAACACCUAUGAGCCCACAGUUCAUACAAGACUAUGUUGGGAGUCCAAUGGCAGAUCCAUUGAAGAGGUUCCCAUCCCUUCCGGUUCCUCAAGGUUCUCCGUCUUCCUUUCCAUUUGGAAGGCGUCAUAGCUGGAGUUAUGACCUUUAUAGAGCCUCACCUCCUUCUGCCUUGCCCUCACCUUCACCCACAUACUCAGAUUCUCGUGCUUCAAUCACUAAACCUAGUUCUGAUCGUCUUCCUUCUAGAUGUUCACCUCAUCCUUUUCCUGAGACACCACUAAUUCAUAAAAGCACUGCAAAUUUUGAUGAGUAUUGGCCUUCUAUCUUUUCACCCUCCCCAUCCUCAUCACCGCCAACAUAUGGUCCUGAGAGUAAUAAAUAUAAGACUAUUUUACGGUCUGAAAGUGCUCCAGUUAGCAUACCUGCAUCUAAACUUGCUAUCGACCAUUCAUCAAUCAAGAAACAAUAUUUGCCGCCUUCUCCGCCACUUAAGACCACCAGAUAUGGUGCUUCUAAGAUAGAAAGAAAUUCUGGUUUGAUUCAUACCAACUCAACGGUUGACAAGUUGUGCUCCUUUGUGAAAGAAGGUGGAAGGCAUUCUGGGAUGAAGAUAUCUUCCAACAGCUCACCUCAGAAAUCAUUUUCUAGAAGCUCCAGUAGGUUGUCUUUCCAGGAUGAUUUCGAUGACUCUGAGUUUUCUGGCCCCUUUAUUGUUGAUGAUGAUGAAGCAGCUUAUCCAGGAAGCAGACCCAGAUCUUUCGAUCAGAAAGAACAUCCAUGUGAGCCACUUGAGCCUGGAGGAAUGUUUCCCAUCAGGAAAUCCCAAGACGCAGCUGUUGGUGCUCUUAUCCAUAUGUUGAAGAAAGCCCCACCUCUGUCUCAGAAUAUCUCCGGUUCUGUCAACUUUUCAGGAGCUAAGCUAUCAGGGGCUGCCUCGAGUAGCUGCACUGGGGAACCAGAGGUUGAACCUGGUUCUUCUGCAAGCAUGGCGGAAUCUGUACGCGUUGGGCCGAAGACAAUAGCUGAUGCACUAGAAGAGCUCCAGAGCUAUAGAGGGAUGAAGGCCUCGCUGCUUAAGCAAGGAAGGCACUAGAUACUAACUCUUAAACCAAACUAUAUAUAUGAGCGGACAAAGAAGGCUCGUCUAGUACUUACUGUUGGGUUCAUGCGUUUAAAACCUGGGAAGAGAUUUGUGCUGGAUUUUGACACGGUUGAUGAUGCUUUCUGUUCUGGUCUUUCCUGUAAAUAUUUAAUUGUGAAGUGCUUACACGUACAUAUAUAUAUAUAUAUAUAUACAUAUGUAUAUAUAUAGAGGUAAUCUACACAGUAAACCCACCCAGAUAUGACACAGUUUGUUUAUGCUUGAGUUGUAUAUAUGAAGCAUUAUACAUAUUCAGGCUGUUUGGAAGUUUAUACAAAUAUCCAGAAGCCACAUGCAUGCAUGUGUAUAGAGAUGCAUGUUUCUUCCAUCUCCUCCUUA